AAGAUCUCUUCCAGCUUUUCCUCCGGCAUCCAGGAUCCCAAAAUCUGACCAGGAGCUGUCGGAAUUCCAGGAAUUUGGGAUUUUUCCCCAAAAAAAUCCGGGAUCAACUCGGAAUUCCGGGACGAGAUGCAGGAAAGCUACGAGAGCGUCAUUUCCUUGGCCGAGGAGAUCGCCAUCAGCUGGCCGCGGAUCACCGCCUUCGCCGAAUCGCACCGGAGACGCGGCCUGGGCGCCGACGCCGUCCCAGCCUCGCCGAGCGACAAUGAUGAGGAAGAGCCGCCUCCGGACCCUCUGGACAAACCCGAAAUCCCCGGCACGCCGCCGGCGCCGAACCCCAAAUCCCCCCCGAGCCCAACCGGCGCCAAACCCGGCACCGCCGAGACCCCGAAAGCGGAACCCCAGCCCCGAAAAGCGCCGGGAAAACGCCAAGGAAAAUCCGGCUUCAAGAAAUUCCAACCGCGCAACCUCCGCUGCCACGACUGCGGCAAAGCUUUGGCGUUGCCGAAACGCCGGCGCGGGACGGAACGACCCCAUAAAUGCCCGGAAUGUGGGAAGAGUUUCCGGUUGAGCUCCAGUUUGGUGACCCACCAACGCCGGCAUUCCGGUGAAAAUCCCUACAAAUGCCCCGACUGCGGGAAAUCCUUCAGCGUCGGCUCGGCGUUCAUCCAGCACCAACGGAUCCACGCCGGCGCGGCGCCGUGCCGGUGCGGGGUUUGCGGGAAGAGUUUCCCGGCCAGUUCGGGUUUGGUGAAGCACCAAAAGCUUCACCUGGAGGAGAAACCCUACAAAUGCGGCGAUUGCGGGAAAGGAUUCAACUGGAAUUCCCACCUGGAGCGGCACCGGAGGAUUCACACCGGCGAGAAACCCUACGAGUGCCCGGAGUGCGGGAAGAGUUUUUCUUGGAGUUCCCACCUGGAUCGGCAUCGCCGAACCCACGCCGCGGCCGAAUCCGGCGGGCGCUGCGCCGAGUGCGGGGCGGGAUCGCCGGAAGCGCCGGAAAGCGGAACGGCUAAAACGCCGAGAAACCCCAAAACGGCCAAAAAAGCGGCGGAGAAACCCCACAAAUGCGCGGAAUGCGGGAAGGGUUUCGGCGUGGCGGCGGCGUUGGCGCAGCACCGGCGCGGCCACGCUCCCGGCAAACCCUACGAGUGCCGGGAGUGCGGGAAAAGCUUUUCCUGGAGUUCCCACCUGGAUCGGCACCGGCGAAUCCACAUGGGGGAGAAACCUUUCCGAUGCGGCAGCUGCGGCAAGAGUUUUUCCCAAAGCUCCCACUUGGAACGGCACCGGAAAAUCCACCGGGAGCCGUGCCGGGAAUGCGGCAGAAACGAGGGGAAAAAAGGAGGGAAAAGCUUCCAAAAACGCUGCCGGAUUUCGGGGGAGCCGCGCGGCGAUCGCGGCGCCGGGGCGGAGAAAUGCGGCGAGUGCGGGAAAAAUUUGGGUUUGGGCUCGAAUUUAGGGUCGAAUUUGAAGGAUCAAGGCACCCAAACCGGCGAGAAACCCUACGCGUGCCCGGAGUGCGGCAAGAGCUUCGGUCAAAACUCGGCGUUGGCCAAACACCGGCGGAUGCACACGGGGGAGAAACCCUACAAAUGCCCGGAGUGCGGGAAAAGCUUCGGCGUCCGCUCCAACCUCAUCAAACACCAGCGCACCCACCUGGGCGAGAAACCCUACAAAUGCCCCGAUUGCUCCAAAGGCUUCAUCCAAAAAUCCGACCUCACCAAACACCGGCGGAUGCACACCGGCGAGAAACCCUACAAGUGCCAGGAGUGCGGCAAGUGCUUCAGCGUCUCCUCCAACCUCAUCAAGCACCAGCGGAUCCACCUGGGCGAGAAACCCUUCCAGUGCUCCGAGUGCGGCAAGAGCUUCAUCCAACGCUCCGAGCUCACCAUCCACCGGCGCGUCCACACCGGCGAGAAGCCCUACAAGUGCCCCGAGUGCGGGAAGUGCUUCAGCCGCAGCUCGCACCUCAACCGGCACCAGCGCACCCACGGCAAAGCCGCCGCCGCCGCCUCUUCCUCUUCCUUCCCUGCCUCCUCUUCCUCCUUCUCGUCCUCUUCCUUCUCUUCUUCUUCUCCUUCCUUCUCUUCCUCCUCCUCCUCCUCCAAAUCUGGUGGCUAA